AUGAAAGAAGAGCAGCAGCACCUCCACCACCAGCAGAGAAAGAUCAUCACCGCCAAGAAACUCACUCGACCCACGGCGUAUGUCCUUCUCCUCUUGUUAUCCUACGUCUUGGGUUAUCUAUCCGCGCCGUCUUCCAGCUCAGUUCACUCUCCCACCGCCGGGACUGCAUCUAUCCCCACCACCGCCGGCGCCGCCGUAGCAGAAUCGGACAUCGGCCACUUUGGUGUCACGAGGAGGUGUGGCGACCCAGUUCCCUCAAAGCUCGUUCGGCAAACGAUUCUCGACCGGGUCUUCAAUGGCACUUCGCCGUUCUACUCGUUCCCGCCGCCUCACGUGGCCCACCUCCUCAGGCCGAAGAGAAUCAAGUGGUGGGGCUCGAACGGAGCCGUUUUCGAAAACCUAAUCCGGCGAGUAAAGCCCCGGACAAUAAUCGACGUGGGGACGUUUUUGGGCGCGUCAGCGAUUCACAUGGCACGGCUCGGCCCGGCCCGGCACGCUUUUUAA